AUGGCGAAGGAUGGCGCGAAGGUCGUGGAUGAAGUCUCUCGGCAGGCGAUGUGGGCGGAGGUGAUCAAGAAAGAGAACGCCACAAUCGGUGUGCCCCACCGGUUCUUCCUCAACCCCAACAAGUUGGUAUUCAUCGCUAGGAAGCCUACGGAGGUUGAUCCGAGGACGUACGAGGCGGACUCUUUGUCGACAGGGCAUCAAGUACUGCGAGAUGACGGGGGUCAGCCCCUACGCUAA